AUGAAAUUCCCAAAAUGUCAGCACGGAACAUGCUGUGAGAUUUCUGUAUGCUACUUGCCUAAAAAGAAACUCUACCUUUGUCAACAAGACAGUCUUACACAAUAUCCUGAUGAUGACCCAGUCCCUCUUGUUGAUGAUUCUAUAAUUGAGAUGAGCAUGGAAACAAUCGAAAUCUGAUGAAAAGACUUUCUUGCCUUCACCCAAAUGCUGAAUAAAGGAAGAAUUCUCCCAGAUCAUGAUGCCUUAAGCACAACUGUGAGAGAAGAGCUAAAGCUUAUCUUUGAUGAAUUAAAGAAAGCCCAAGAAGCCUACAAGUAUUACAAGUUCUUAAAACUGCACAAAUAAAACUUUGAAGGUUAAAGAUGUCUUGCAACAAGACCCGCUUUAUAUUGAGUUCUUGGUGGCUAGAGCUUGGAGUCAAUCGCUUUCAACAGUCAAGGGUGAAUCUUUGAAGAGCUCUGAGCUUGUUGAAAUGGAGUUAAAACGCAAGUAUAAUGCCACAUUUGAUACAAUGUUUCAGAAGUUCAAAGAAUUUAGGCAUGACAUAGACCGAAGACAUCAACAAGAAGUUGAUGAACUAAGGCUAAAGAUCCAGGAAUAUAAAGAAGAGAAAAAAUCCUUAAAAAGAGCGAAGAGAGAACUGAUAACUAGAUACAACUUGCUUUGUGACGAAUAUGAGGAAUUUAAACAAAAAGCGCAUGGACUCGAAUCAAGUUUAACUUCUUUUGAAGAAGAAAAUAAAGGCGAUGGCGAGAAGAUAAUAAAGCUACAGGAGUAUCAUGGAGACUCUAAACAAAGGAAGAGAACUUUAAAAAUGAAGCUAAGAGAAGAACAAGCUUCAUAUCAAGCCAGCAUCGAAGAUCUUACCAAGGAAAUUUGUGGUCUUAAAGACAGAGUUAAGUCUCUUCAGAAAGACAUUAGGAAGACUGAAAUGAGGAAUGAUAAACUUGUUGAAGAGAACAAAGCUAAAGAAGAAGACUAUGAGCAGAUGAAGGAGUCACUACUCUCUAAACUGAAUCUCUCUGAGUGCUCUUACUUCAAUCUCCUCUACAAAAUUACCACUGGAGAGGACAUACAGAUUGGGCCUAGAACUAGACUAGACCUUAGCCUUAAUAAUCCAAAGCACAUGGGAUUUCUAUCAUCCCUGACCAGGAGAAUGCCAGGCAUAGAUAGACUUGACCUUGACAACAUUCCUUUAGAUUGCCAAGAAGUAAAGACUUUCUUGGCCAAUCAUUUCUUCAGAGAAGUGGAAGUGCUCCAUUUUUAACUGUCACUCUUCCUUGAGUUCUUCCUUGUCCUUCUAUUUGGAUGAAUUGAAGGAAGCGAGCAAGAGAGUCAUUGGGCAUUUGUAUAUUUAUAAUUUUGAAGUCUCUCAGGACCAACUCGUCUCUCUCUUCUCUGCCAACAGGCAUAAAGAAUGGUUUGGGUUUAAGUGGUGCAAACUUGAUCUCUCUUCUGUUCCUGACUUCGGAGGAAGCCUUGCUGAAAGUACGAUGUAUGGGCUAAGCUUAUAUGGGUGAGGAGGCUCUUCGUACUGUGACUGGGACAACAAUGAGUCCAACUUUGAGAAUCUGGUGACUGGGCUUGCGAAAGAGGAGGAUUUUAGGAGGAAUUUGGAGUGGAUUGAUAUGUUUGAGUGUGGAAUGGAGAAGAGUGAUGUGGAGGAGAUUUUGGAGGGUCAUGGAUUUGGACAUGUUGAAAUUUAUGAUCAUUCAAAGUAAAUGCCAAAAAUGGAAAUGUUGAAAAGAGGAAUUUUACUUUUAUCAGAUUGAUGUAGAUUGGUUAA